ACUGCAGCCCACGCAUCCCCGAACUGUGCUGAAUUACGGUGAAAUAGAAAAGACGUGGGAAGAGAUCGGCAGCUCAGGCACACGCGUGUCGUGAUGAGAUGACACGGCCAACUGGACACGCUGCGUGGUCACUGCAGGGACGUGAGGGGAAAAAUAACAGACAUGAAGGGAAUGGACUCGCGACCUAAAGACACCUUUUAAGAGGAAGACGAAGAGAAUGAGGCUCCUCACUGGCACGUCUGCCAGCAGCUGAAUCCACAAGUGUGAAGUGUUUUUAUUCCCUCCUGCCCGACGUGGCCCCACCCUGUCUGAAAGCUGCAGGUCCCAUUGUCCUCCAGCAUGACGGUUGCUACCGGCGACCCCACGGAUGAAGCGGCGGCACAUCCGGGACAGCCUCAUGAACAUUAUGAUCCAGAGCCAGAUCAUGAGUGCUGCGAGAGAGUCGUCAUCAACAUCUCAGGCUUGCGCUUUGAGACACAGCUCAAGACCCUCUCUCAGUUUCCGCAGACACUACUCGGCGAUCCCAAAAAAAGGAUGAGAUAUUUUGAUCCUCUGCGGAAUGAAUACUUUUUUGACCGAAAUCGUCCCAGUUUUGAUGCUAUUCUGUAUUAUUACCAAUCAGGAGGGAGGCUGCGUCGGCCUGUUAAUGUGACCCUGGACAUUUUUUCCGAGGAGAUACGCUUUUAUGAAUUAGGUGAGGAGGCUAUGGAGAUCUUCAGAGAGGACGAAGGUUUCAUAAAGGAAGAGGAACGACCCCUGCCAGAGAAUGAAUUUCAGAGACAAGUGUGGCUGCUGUUUGAGUAUCCAGAGAGCUCAGGUCCCGCUCGUAUCAUUGCCAUCAUUUCUGUCAUGGUGAUUCUCAUCUCUAUUGUCAGCUUCUGCCUGGAGACACUGCCAGUUUUCCGAAACGAUGAUGAGGAAAUGUACAAAUAUGCAUCCCAGUCUAUGUACAACAUCACCUCUACCUAUGACAGCUCUACAUAUUUUACAGAUCCCUUCUUCAUUGUGGAGACCCUCUGUAUCAUCUGGUUCUCAUUUGAGUUCCUAGUCAGGUUCUUUGCCUGCCCCAGUAAAGCAGGAUUUUUUGGCAACAUUAUGAAUAUCAUUGAUAUUGUGGCAAUCAUCCCUUACUUCAUCACACUGGGCACUGAGCUGGCAGAGAGGCCAGAGGAUAGCCAAGCAGGACAGCAAGCUAUGUCUUUAGCUAUUCUCCGUGUCAUCCGUCUAGUCAGAGUGUUCCGUAUAUUCAAACUCUCACGUCACUCCAAGGGGCUCCAGAUCUUGGGACAGACUCUGAAGGCCAGUAUGCGUGAGCUUGGACUCCUCAUCUUCUUCUUGUUUAUUGGUGUGAUCCUCUUCUCCAGUGCCGUCUACUUUGCCGAAGCAGACGAGCCAGAGUCCCAGUUCUCCAGCAUUCCCGAGGCCUUUUGGUGGGCUGUGGUCUCCAUGACCACUGUAGGCUAUGGAGACAUGGUCCCAGUAACUAUCGGUGGAAAGAUUGUGGGGUCUCUCUGCGCAAUCGCUGGUGUGCUGACUAUUGCCCUGCCUGUACCUGUAAUCGUGUCUAACUUCAACUACUUCUACCACAGAGAGACGGAGGGUGAGGAACAGGCACAGUAUCUGAAUGUCCCAAGCGUGCCUAAAGCCAGCUCAGCUGACGACCUGAAGAAGAGCGGCCGGAGUGGCAGUGGCUCCACACUCAGCAAAUCUGACUAUGUAGAGAUCCAAGAGGCGGUGAACCACAGCACCGAGGACUUCAGACCAGAGAGCAUGAAAACUGGAAACUGUACCCUGGCCAACACUAAUUACGGAGCCAUUGUAAAGAGUUCAGCGCUGGAGUGGUGAGAUUUCUUUUCCUGGUUCCUGUCAGUUCCCCAUGCCGCUGCAUUCUGAACCGACUGAAGAGUCCUCAGAGACAUUGUACAGCUUUAUUACUUGAUUACUGUCAUACAACUUCACGGAAAUGUACAACUGUGUGUCAACUGCAUAACACUGGAAAUUUAGAUUGUGCGUUUUUAAAUAAAAAUGACCUACAGGAAGCAUGUAUGAGGUUAAAAAGAAUCGGUCUGAGAAAUGACCCCUGUGGAACUCCAUGUUUAGCUUCCACACUGGGAACUCUCUGAUAUGUAAGAUUUAAACUGGUUUAAUGCAGUUCCAUUGAUCCCAAUAACACGCUCCAGCCCCUGUAAUAAACUUUUAUGGUCAACAAUGUCGAAUGCAGCACUCAGGUCUGUGAGUACCAGUAUGUGAUUUUGUUUAAGAGAUAAUAUUUAUGUUUUUCAUGUAUUCAGAUUCAGCCUUGAUAUUAAAACUAGACUGAGAGGUGUCAGUUUGAUGUAAUCACGGUGGCAGGAUGUCAAUAUCAUUAUCAACAGAUCUUCUCUCUUUCUAUUUUGGCUGGGAACCAUGCACUGUAUGUCACACAGUGGAAAAAGGCGAGGCGCAGAAACUCAGCAGUGACACACAGUAUAGUGAAAAUAAGUUUUCCCUCCUGCUUUCUCUGACAUUUUUGAUUGACGUGACGUAACGUCACAUGUGGCACUGGUGAAUGGCUCACAUGCUGUGAACAUUUACCACUGCAGUGUGAGCUGAUUUAUAACCUAAUACACUCACCAGUUAACGGCCUGUCCACAUGAACUUUCUUUAUAGCGCACCAUCUUCCACAGGGGAAAACCUGGGAAACAUAUUGUUGUGAACACAUCUCCACACACACAUUUUCAUGAAUGUGUGUGUGGAGGAGGGGAAGCCCUUCCUUUAUCACUGCCGCUUCAGUGGAAGCACCUCACCUGUUCUAUUUAUAGCAGUGGAUUUCCCUUUGGUUUACAGGGAGAGCCUCCUCCUCCUCCUCGUUUUAAAGAGUUUAACAGCCAGUGAAUUGUGUUUAUUUCAAAAUGUGUCUUAUUUAUACGCUCGGAAAACAAAGAAUCAUACGUUUGAAUGAUGCAGACUGUGCAUACAUCACAUGCAGCUGCUGGAAUUUUAAAAAGAUGAGGAGGUGGACGAGGAACACCACUGGGGAGCCUCAGUCUGUCAAUGGUUUUAACGAGCUGAAUUGAUCCAUGGGUUUGGCCUACAUUCAGUCGGCUGGCUGUAAGUAAAGAUGCAUGAUGGAGAACAAAGACAGCACUGCUAGCUCUUU